AGAGAGUCGAAGGUUGGAUAAAUUUGGGAUUCCUUUUUGGCCUCACAUAAAUAUGUCUAUCGAACCACAUUCUUCAGUUUUGCGUCUCCCAACUGCAUCGGAGAGAUCACAACAAUAUCAGCAUCCCGCUUCUUCAUCAACGAAGAACAUGUUGUCUAUGAUUUCAUCAUCAACGUCAUCUUCAAGGAAUUUUCAGAUAGAGCCCCCUACAAACCAAAUUUAUCGUGAUAACGAUUACACGCCUCUAUGGCCUAAGGAAGUGAAGAUGGUUGGUGUCAAGAGACCAUAUCCUUUCUCUUCAGAAUACCCGCCACUUUCAUCAUUUAAUUUCAAAUUUCCUCCUGGCUAUGCUUCUUCCACAUCGUGGGCAAACAAUGAACCAACAUCUUGUGGCAACGGUAGCGUAGCUAAUGUAUUAGAAUCACACAAUUUUCCUAUCAGCGAAAGCACUUCAAGCUCACAGUUUGAGUCUAACUCAAGAAGUCUUAAUAGAGAACAUGGAGGUCUUAAUGGAGAUUUCCUAUUGUUGUCCCCUCCGGCAGCUUCUUCAUCGCUAAUAGAUCAUAGAUAUCAGGACUCAUCCACAAAUCAACUCCC